AUGAAGAAAUCGAUUCAAUUUAUAUCGGGGAGUGCAGAUAAAUAGAUUAUUAUAUGGUGUAUGGAUUAACAGAGUUAAUGGAUCUGCUAAUACUAAUUGAAUCAACAUUAAAGUUGGAUUAAUUGCUUAUUAUUGAAUAAUAAUGAAGAUCUUAUCCUAUCAGGAAGUAAUGAUAAUACAAUUAAAUUUUGGACAAAAAAGAAUGAAUGGACAUGUUCAUAAACUAUUUCUGAUUCUACAAAUUAUGUUGUGGGAUUAAGUUUGAAUGAAAAAUAAAAUAGAGUGAUAUCUUGUGGAUAUGAAAUGCUUUUUUUAUUAAUAAUAGAGUAGUAAUAAUAGAAUUAAAAAUGGAAUGUAAUUUAAAAUAUAACAGUUAAUUAAUAUGGUAUCGAAUAUGUUUCAUCAAUGAUAAUGUAUUCAUAUUUCAACCUAGACUUAAAGAACAAAUGUAUGUUUAUGAGAUGAAUAGUAAUCAUAAUUAGUAUUCAAAAACAAAGUAAAUUGCUGUGAAAUCUAAUUAUAAUGGGUGUGCUUUUAACUAUCCUUAAUAAUAUAUCAAGUCGAAAUGCCUGCUUGUGAAUAAAAAUGGAUAAAAUGCUAGUUUGAUAAGAAAGGAACAAAAUGGUGAAUUUAUAACUUAAUAAUCUAUUUAAUUUGGAUCUGCCGAUAUAUAUGGAUAGGUAAGUGAAAAUGGAGAGUAUUGA